AUGUCCCUGACGUGGAUUGUACCGCCUUUGCUGUGUCCACGUGCACGGCUUUGGUCGUCGUGGCUCAACCGCCUGGGCCUGGAUCGGCUGAAUGAGGCCGCCGUGGAUGGAGAUGUGGACCGCGCUGAACGUGAAUUCGAGACUCUGAUUCCACAAGUACCCCUCGAGAAGUCCACCGUGGUCUACAACACUUUGCUGAAGGCUUUCGCGAACCAUGGCUCUUCUCAGAAAGCAGCCUGGCUCUACGGGCAGAUGCGAGCACGAAGCGUUCGGGUCAAUGCCAGGACCUAUGGGAAGAUCAUCGAAGCUUAUGCCAAGAGUGGAGAUUUGGAGUCUGCGAUGGCCUGGAUGAGCCGACGCUCUCAGGACUUCAAAGCCGAUUCCGUUGUCGUUAACAUGCUUCUCGAUGCGGCUGCUCAGGCUGGUCGUGCCGAAGAGGCGGAGGUUUUGUUCUUCGCUGCGAAGAAGAUGGGUUUCGCAGCAACUCCCCAUUCAUUUGGCAGCGUCCUGCAUUCGCUAGCCAAGGCCGGGAAGUCGAUGGAAGCCAUCGCAUGGCUGGAGCGCAUGGACAUGGAGCAGGUGGAACCCAAUGCCAUUUGCUACGGAGCAGUGAUUGAUGCCUGCGCGAAAUCAGGGCAGCCGAAUGCCGCGGUCAUGGUAUUUCAGCAGAUGCAACUUCGGAAGCUUCAGCCGGACCUUGUGGUGUUCGGCGGCAUUGUGCAUGCCUUCUCUCAGCUGGGACAGGUUGCAGAUGCGGCAUUGUGGUUGAAGGAGGCCGAGGCUUCGAAACUGAAGCCAAAUCUCAUCAUCUACAACAGCAUCAUCUCCGCCAGCGCACGUGCUGGAAAUCCCAAGCAGGCGAUCCGUUGGCUGCAGCAGAUGCAAGCAGCAAGCCUGAGGCCGAAUCCGACAUCGUACACCGGGAUCCUGGAUGCUUUUUCCAAGAAGAAAGAUGUUUCUCUUCAGGAGGUCACGCAUUGGUUCCAUCAGAUGGUGAACGACCAGCACUCCCCGGACGAGGCGGCAUUUUCUUGCGUGAUCUUCUGCUGUGCCAAGGCACGACGUCCCAAAGAAGCCGAGGCUUGGCUCCGGCGCAUGCAUGAAGCCGAGCUGAAGCCCGACUCCAGGUCCUUCAAUGGGGCGAUCGCUUCUGCGGCGCAGCUGGGGCAGAUGGACUUGGCAGUAACAUUCCUUCGGCAGAUGCUGGAAAGCAGUGUGCAGCCCAAUGUCAUAUCGUACACCAACAUCAUCAGUGCCUGUGCCAAGACGUCUAAUCGCCAUGGUGCGAUGCACUGGCUGCAAGAGAUGCGCGAAACAGCGCUGCCGCCCAACGUUCUGUCUUACACAUGCGCGAUUGAGGCAUGCCUGCGCCCUGGCCCUGACGUCCAAGAAAGCUGGGCAGACGCGCUCUCCCUCCUCCGGCGCAUGCGUCAGGAAGGUAUCCAGGCAGACAGGAUCUUGCUGGGCAAGCUGCGACGCCUUGUUGGUUCGGAGGCGGAAGAGGAAUUUCUUCGUGCAGCGACUUGA